AAUAAAUCUACUUUUCUUCUGUUCCACAUUUACAAAACCCUCUGAUCUUCUGUGGCAAGCUCUCUCUGAAAAAUCUUGAAUCAUCAACCAACAAUGUCAACUGAAGUGAAACGCUCUGAUCUUCAUUCUCACUCCAAAAACACUUCUCUUCGAACUAGCAAAAUGCAGAAUAUGCCAAGUGAAAGCAAACCAUUGAAAGGCUCAAAGAAAAAGGCUUCAGUUUCUUUUGCUCAAAAUCAAGAUGGAAAGAAAAAGUUGAAGGAAAACAAAUGCAAAUCAAGCACAAAAUCUAACAUGUGUUAUUGUUCACCAACAACUCAUGAAGGUUCAUUCAGAUGUAGACUCCACCGAAUCAGUGCAGCAAAGAAACCAGCAACUGAGAAGAAAACCAAUGUGAGGUGUUCCAAGUUUGGACAUGGAAUAGUUGCAUUUAAGCCUCAACUGUCAAGGUUUGGGAGAGUUGGAUCACAUGAUAGCUUAAUCCAACUUUCUAGGUUGGGAUCUACUUAAGAAAUUAGCUUAUUUGGAUUUCCAUCAUGUUGAGACUUUGUUUUUGGGUUGAUCUCAAACAUGGAAAAUUGGAAAUAGUUAAUGCUGGUAGCUUUAAUAGGUUCUGCAUAUAAUUUUAACUUUUUACCCUUUCUGUGUAAAGGGGUGGUUUGAAUUGAACUUGUGCUAAAACUUACUGUAAAGUCUAUGCACUUUCUCUUUUAUUUGG